AUGAAGAGCGCGUCGCCGAGUGCAGAUAGGUCCCCUGCAGCCUCACCGUCGAAUGCAUCGACGCCAGCCGUUGCUGGCAGCGCUGCUGGCACAUCGAGGCCGUCAGCGUCACAGGAGAUACAGACGGAACCGCGGUACAUAAGGCUCCCAGACGCGCUCUACGCCCUGCGCCGCCGCUACCCCUCUGUGACGGAAAGCGUUUUUCUCGAAUGCACGCGUUGCCAUCAGUGGGUGGCGGUGCGCGUUUUGCGUGAAAUUCCGAACGAAAUAACCAGCGCUGUCGUGCCGUGCAGUGCGCUGGGCUUGGAUUCGAUAAGCGUCCGCACUGGCUGCAGCGGUCCGCUACGUCAUGCGCAUCAAGACGCCUUGCGCCGACGUGAGGAACUCGCGAACGACGCCGCCGCCCCGCAGUGGCGGUCAAGGCGACUCCAGGAGAAGCACAGCCACCUCGCGAGUGGCGACGCCAACCACAACGGUGAAGCGCAUGGUGACGUCAGUAGGGCAGGGACAGCGACCCCUCAGCAGGCCUUCUUUAAGUCCGUCCUGCACCACCUGCGACGCAGCCGGCGCCCGUCACAGGAGGGUGCGGAGGACUCGGUGACGGCAGCUUCUGAGAGCGCGCGCGAGAGGAGUCGACGACACACGCCUCUCUACAUUCCGAACCCUGACACGUUCAUUUGCGCCGGGUGGCAGUGCACCUGGGACGCGGACGCACUUGCCGACCUUCGGCGGGACUGGCUGCAGAGCAUCUAUCGCGCUCUUCCCAUGCCCCCCGUUUGCGAAGACGGCAUGGGCCUCUCCUCUGACGCCUCCUCCUCCUCCCCCUCCCUCCCAAGCUCCCCGGCUGUCUCUUCCGUAAUGGCGCUGCGGCAGCGAAAGGCAGCGCUGAACGAGACCCUCGCACUGGAGCUCGAUGUGGGGCGGAGCCGACGCUGGGGACGCGGCGUUGGCCAACGGGCGGGCCGCGAUGAGCACAACUUGGAGAGCCAGGAUAGUCUGCCGGCCCUCUCGCUGCCCGGCCGUGCCGCGGAGAGUGACACGGAGCUCUCUCGGUUGCAGGGGUCGUGGGUGAGGGCCGCCGCUCUGCACCUGCUCCGUAACAGCAGCAGCGCCGCUGAAGGCUGCUCUGUGACACCCGUUGCCGAGGAGGACGAAGAGGCCGAAACGCCGCACCACCGUCAUUCCAGCGUGGAGGAAGACAGCCAGGAGAACGUGCUCUCCGCGUACUGCUGGGCGGUGUGCGACGCAUGUGGCAAGCUCCGUCGCAUCGCACAGCCCUUCCCUGGUGGUGCGCCCUUUGUGUGCGCCAUGGCAGUGACAACGUCCUCGUCCUGUCGCGCAGCCCGCGGCAGCAACGCUCCGCAUCGUGAAGCAACGUCUGGACUUGACCAAGCAUGCACUGUGUCGGAGGUGGAAGGGCUUCUGCAGUGCAACAUGAAGCUGUGCGAGGCAGAACUCAUCUACGCCGCCCUCUCAUCCCCUUUCCUGCCUUACCCUCUCAGGGCACAGCUGUCCGCGCUCGGCCGGCGACAGACCUGUUUCAAGGAUUCGUCGGAGCCGGCGAAGCGACUGAGCAGGGCGGAUGUGUCGCGCGUUUUGCUUUCCGAGCCGCUACUGCGGACGAUCCAGUCCAGCGUACGGGAGUCCGUGACGAGGGAGGCCCUCCACCCCACCGCCUGCCAGAGACGCCGCGGCUCCGGCGCCACAGCCACCGCCACCCCGGCCCCGGUGAAGCCGCAUCGCAAGGCCUCAGCAUCGGAACUCGACUACGCUGAUGCCGAGCUGGCAGAGACGGAGUUCUUUCUUUACCGCUCACUCCCCAUCUUGCGCGAGCUUGCCCGCUCCAUCAAGGCACGGAGCAUCAGCGCCUUCGUGCGGCAGCUGCAGCUCACACCCGCGCAGAUCCAGGCGAAGCGCGAGGCGGUGAUGCUGGCCUCCUUCCUCAGUAAUCACCAGCACACGCCGACGACCGGCAGAGACAGCGGCACCGAAAAACGGAAACCCGCGGUGGUGAUCGCCACAACGAGCGAAGCGGAGAGGACGCGUGCGAAAGUGAAGGUAGAGGAAGGAGACAUGUCGAGCACAGAGCCUGCGGAGCGCUUGCCACCCCGGCCAACCCGCACGCGGACGAGAGCGCCGCCAGCGGUGCCAGAGACUGCACCAGCGCCGGCAGUGGUGAAGGAACAUAUGAAAGUGCAAGCUGCCAGCGGCAGUGACAUUGCCACACCUCAACCGGUGGGGGAGCCGACACCAGCCCGGACAAGAAGGAAGCCACUCCAGGAAGCAGCACCGCGGGCUUCGGAACACCAGGAAGGCCUCUCAUAUGAGGCUGCGCCGCAGCAGCCCGCCCUUGGUGCCCCUCGAAAGCGCGGACGACCGCCCCGCCAGGGGCCAGGAGAGCCCUCAAGGCCGGUGGUCCCUGGGUCCCAGGCAACUACGGAGGCGACGGGAGUCGGUACAGGUGUCGACACGGCAUCCCUUCGACGUCGCCGGCAGCGCUGCGAGAACGCGCCAGUGAAAGAGGCAAAGACAGCAAAAAGUAGUGCGGCCACUGCAGGGAAGGCGGAGACAGUGGGAGAGGUCGCAAGCUCACCAGCAUCACCGUCGCGUGGACGACCGCAUGAACGGCCACCAGGAAGCGGCUCAGCGAGGCGGAAGCGCAGCCAAGGUGCCCACGACGAGGACGCAGAAGCGAAGGCUGGGGAUGGCAACAAGUGGGAGGUGGUGCAUUGGGUUCAGUGUGACCUGUGCAGCAAGUGGCGCAUCGUGCCGCACCGCGUACCGGCCAAAAUUAAGUUCUGGGAGUGCAAGAUGCGCUACGACGAGCAGCGCGGCCGGACGACCACCUGCAACGACCCAGACGACGCCGAGCUUGCCUCGUGA